GCGUCACAGCAGGCUGACCGGCAGCGGAGGACAGUUUAAACUCAGCCGGUGUCACCCGGAUGGUAAACAGGCUGCAGGGAAGAAGCCAGCGGGGCAGGCCGCACAGCUGACCGGCUGUCCCCUCCUGUCCGCCGCGGCGGAUCAUGAAGGUUAACCGCCUCCUUUCUGCUAAACACUGAAGAUGCGGAAAGACGUGAGGAUCCUGCUGGUUGGGGAGCCCAAGGUGGGGAAGACGUCCCUCAUCAUGUCCCUGGUCAGCGAAGAAUUCCCAGAUGUGGUUCCCUAUCGAGUGGAGGAGAUCACCAUACCAGCAGAUGUCACACCUGAGAGGGUUCCUACGCACAUCGUGGACUAUUCAGAAGCAGAGCAGACAGAUGAGCAGCUGUUCCAGGAGAUCUCUAAGGCAAAUGUGAUUUGCAUCGUCUACUCCGUCAACAACAGGACGUCCAUGGAGAAGGUGACGGAGCACUGGAUCCCUCUGAUCACAGAGAACACAGACAAGGACAGCAGGGUUCCUCUGAUCCUUGUGGGGAACAAGUCAGACCUGGUGGAACACAGCAGCAUGGAGACCAUUCUGCCUAUUAUGAACCAGUACAGUGAGAUAGAGACGUGUGUAGAGUGUUCAGCAAAGAAUCUGAAGAACAUCUCUGAGCUGUUCUACUACGCCCAGAAGGCCGUCCUCCACCCAACCGGCCCCCUCUACUGUCCUGAGAACAAACAGAUGAAGCCUCUGUGCGUUAAAGCGCUGACCCGGAUCUUCAAAGUGUCCGACCUGGAUAACGACGGGAUCCUCAAAGAUAACGAGCUCAACUUCUUCCAGCGGGCGUGCUUCCACAGCCCCCUGGAGCCUCAGGCGUUGGAGGAUGUGAAGAACGUUGUGAGGAAGAACCUGAUUGAUGGCGUCCUCCAUAACGGACUCACCCUAAAAGGCUUCCUCUUUCUGCACACGCUGUUCAUUCAGCGCGGCCGCCAUGAAACCACCUGGACAGUUCUGAGGAGGUUCGGGUACGACGAUGACCUGGAGCUAAACCAGGACUAUCUCUUCCCUCCGCUAAAGGUUCCUCCUGACUGCAGCACGGAGCUGAACCACAACGCCUACCUCUUCCUGCAGAGCGUCUUUGACAAACACGACAAGGACCGUGACUGCGCCUUGUCGCCUGAUGAGCUGAGGGACCUGUUUGAUGUUUUCCCGUACACGCCCUGGGGUCCAGAUGUCAACAACACGGUGUGCACCAACGAGCAAGGCUGGAUCACCUACCAGGGCUUCCUCUCUCAGUGGACGCUAACGACGUAUCUGGACGUCCAGAGAUGUCUGGAGUAUUUCGGUUACCUUGGUUACUCCAUAGUUGCUGAGCAGGAGUCCCAGGCUGCAGGAAUCACAGUGACUAGAGCUAAGAAGAUUGACCUGCAGAAGAAACAGACGCAGCGGAACGUCUUCCGCUGCAACGUGUUUGGAGCCGUAGGCAGCGGGAAGAGCGGCUUCCUGCAGGCCUUCCUGGGCAGAAACCUGCUGCGACAGAAUAUGAUGAAGGAGGAGCACCGAUCGUUCUACGCCAUCAGCACAACCUUCGUUUACGGCCAAGAGAAAUACCUUCUGCUUCAUGAGGUUUUCCCAGACUUGGAUUACCUGACUGAUGCGGAUAUGGGCUGUGAUGUCGUCUGCCUGCUGUACGACGUCAGCAACGCCUGCUCCUUGGAGUACUGCGCCAAAGUAUUUAAGCAAUACUUCAUGGACAGCAAGACGCCGUGCAUGAUGGUCGCAGCCAAAUCCGACCUGCCGGAGGUCAAACAGACGUACGGCUGCAGCCCUCUGGAGUUCUGCAGGAAGCACAAGAUGCCGCCUCCGCAGAGCUUCACCUGUAACACGGCAGCAGCACCAGACCGAGAAAUCUACACCAAACUCACCACUAUGGCCAUGUACCCCCACGCCCGGCUGCGCUGCAUGUGCACCUGUAACCGGUGCACCUUCUGCUUGUGUCAGAACCUGCUGAACUCUGAGCUGCUGCAGAGCAUCAGGGCCAAACUCUACGCUGUGGUGCUCAGAAGACACAUAAUCCAGGAGGACCUGAGCAGCGCCACCUUCUGGCUGAGGGCCAGUGUGGGGGCCACGGUGUUUGCAGUGCUGGGCGUCGCUCUGUUCAGGGCGCUGCUGAAGACGCGCUGAUCCUCAGCUGCCACCCCUGUUACCACGGUAACUGACGGAGCCAACGUUGGACGAUCUGAUGCGUUUAGAUGAUGCUUCCUGUUUGGUUUGUGGGAUUAGAUGCAAUCAAAAACAAACCAACUUAUUUUCCUGAUUCUUCUUGCCGUUUCUCUUGUAGAUACAAUAUUUAUUUUGUAAGAAUGUGCUAAUUUGAUUCAUCUGAUUAAAAAGUAAAGAUGAUAUAUUUAUAUUUCUAUAAAAGUCUAAUUAAGCUGCUGCUAAGCAGCAUAAAGCUUACAGAUUGGUAUGAAUGAAUGAUAUUAUAGCUUCUAGGGUCGUUAAAUGCAGCAUCUGAACAGAUGUUUAAUGCAGAUGUUUUAUUUUCUGCUCGUAGACCAAUGCUAACAUUUCUCUCUGUUUCACUGAGUUUCACUUUUUAUGCAAAAGAAAAAGACAAACCUCACUGCUCUUUUUCUGCAUUUCUCCGUUUAAUUCAAACGUAUGCAUGUCCUUCUCUACUUAAGGAAAUCAGAACACUCUGUUAGCAUGCCAGUUUUUGUUUUUUUUAUUGAUAAAAACAUCAAUAUUCAGCUGUUUAUAAAUUAAUAUUAUUGAGCUUUAAGGGUGGAGAGUUGGUAAAGAACUUCCACCAUUUUUCUCAUUUCCACUAAAGGCCGUUAAAUUGUUGCCGUAUGCAUCCCUCUGCUCGAUGUCCUGAACGUUUGCAAUAAAUGAUGUUCUAUAAUCUGCUGGGA